AUGUCAGACAACUCGGGAUCAGGAACAUCCCCCUGGGGCUCGCUAAACACGCCAGUGGGGCCGCCCAAAGUCACUCUGGCGUAUUUUAGCAACGAGUUUCCCCCAGAUGAUCUGAACUUCAUUGUCCGCAAGCUGUUUGACCGCAGUAAAUCCAGGCAGCACCAAGUACUCGGCCAGUUCAUCGAAGAAGCGACCUCGGCAGUGCGAGAGGAGAUACGCAAACUACCCAACGAGACGAGACAUCUAAUUCCCACUUUCCGAACCAUUUUCGACUUUGCUGAACAUGCAGAGCUUCGAAAGGGGCCCUUUCUGGCUCCAUCGAUGGAGUCCUCCUCUGUGCAAUUCAACCACCUGUUCCCUUUUGGUUCAUCCAUUGCAAGCGUCGCUGGUCUGGGAAUUGGUCUGGUAGCAGCGGCUGCUGUAUCUGUCACUCCCAGCCUCGCAGAUCUUCCGGUCGCCGGUGCCGAGGCUGUCCGCAUUGCAUUUCGUCUUGGUGUACUUGUGGACGGCGUUUCUCAAAAUCUACAGCCAAGAGACCGUUCCACCACGGGCACCCCCGACUCCUGGGCAUAUGUCAUUCCCGAUGUGUCACCGGAGGUGGUACAGAAGGAGCUGGACGAAAUACAUUCCAGAGAGAAAACGCCUAUACCGAGCAAGAUCUUUGUCAGCGCGUUAAGCAGGACUUCCGUAACAAUAAGUGGACCGCCCGCCAGGCUGAGAAGCCUCUUCCGCUUGUCAGACUUCUUUCGAGAUCGUAAAUUCGUCGCUUUACCCGUAUAUGGAGGCCUGUGUCAUGCCGGGCACAUUUACGAACAACGGCAUGUGCAGGAAGUCGUCGAAAAGUCUGUACUGGACGAAACACACGUUCGGUACUCACCUAGCGUGAGACUUUUCUCUACUUCUACCGGCAAGCCGUUCUUGUCCACAAGUGUGACGAAUCUGUUUGAGCAAGUUGUCGGUGAGAUCUUGACACAAAAGAUACAAUGGGACAAAGUUGUGAAGGGUGUUCUGGAACGUAUUCAAGAGCUUUCGGCAACCGAGGUCGAGGUACUCGUCUUCCGCGACUCUCUUCCCGUGCAUGAGUUGGUGAAAGCUCUGAAGUCGGCCGACAGUGGCCUGCAAACCACGACAGAAGACCUCUUGCAGUGGCUCCACCAGAGUCGUGAGCGGCUCCAGGGUCCGCGAGGCUCCUUGCAGUCCAAAAUUGCCAUUGUUGGAAUGUCCUGUCGGAUGCCGAGUGGUGCCACGGACACUGAAAAGUUCUGGGAGCUGCUGGAAAAAGGCCUUGAUGUUCACCGCAAGAUCCCAGCCGACCGUUUCGAUGUCGAAACACAUCACGACCCUACUGGGAAGAGAGUGAACACGAGUAUCACACCAUACGGAUGUUUCAUCGACGAGCCUGGCCUUUUCGAUGCAGGCUUCUUCAACAUGUCGCCUCGAGAAGCGCAACAGACCGAUCCAAUGCAAAGGCUCGCGUUGGUGACUGCUUACGAAGCACUCGAGCGAGCUGGCUAUGUGGCGAAUCGUACGAGCGCAACCAAUUUGCAUCGCAUUGGGACGUUUUAUGGUCAAGCGAGUGACGACUACCGUGAGGUGAAUACUGCACAAGAAAUCAGUACAUACUUCAUCCCCGGUGGGUGUAGAGCUUUUGGCCCGGGACGAAUCAACUACUUUUUUAAAUUCUCGGGUCCAAGCUAUAGUAUAGACACGGCAUGUUCGUCAAGUCUGGCAACGAUACAGGCAGCUUGUACGUCUUUAUGGAAUGGAGACACCGACACAGUGGUAGCUGGCGGAAUGAAUGUGUUGACCAAUUCCGACGCAUUUGCUGGUCUAGGAAAUGGGCACUUCCUUUCCAAAACUCCCAAUGCUUGCAAGACAUGGGACUGUGAAGCAGACGGUUACUGUCGCGCAGACGGCAUCGGGUCAAUCGUUAUGAAGCGCCUCGAAGAUGCGGAAGCUGACAACGAUAACAUACUCGGUGUUAUACUAGGAGCGGGAACGAAUCAUUCCGCCGACGCAAUCUCGAUUACACAUCCGCAUGCCCCGUCCCAAGCAUUCCUAUACAGGCAAAUUCUUCGAGAUGCCGCCUUGGACCCAUUCGAUGUUAGCUUUGUCGAAAUGCACGGCACUGGUACACAGGCUGGCGACUCGGAAGAAAUGCAAUCCGUCACCGAGGUAUUUGCCCCAAUAGCAAACAAGCGACGCACUAGCAAGCAGCCCCUUCAUAUCGGUGCAGUCAAAUCCAAUGUAGGCCAUGGCGAAGCCGUGGCAGGAGUGACAGCGUUGAUCAAGGUACUGUUGAUGUUUCAGAAAGAAGCGAUACCACCGCAUGCUGGAAUCAAGAACAGCAUCAACCCAGGAUUCCCCAAGGACCUGGACAAGCGGAACAUAAAUAUCCCGUAUCAGAAAACGGCCUGGCCUCGCAGUACUGACAGGAAACGCAUUGCAGUUGUCAAUAACUUCAGCGCUGCGGGAGGCAACACGACGAUAGCCAUCGAGGAAGGACCUUUGCGACAAACAAUCGGUCACGAUCCCCGGACCACACAUCUGAUUCCAAUCUCUGCGAAAAGUAAAGUCUCGCUGAAGGGGAACAUCCAGCGGCUUAUAGACUAUCUGGAAGUGAGCCCAGAUGUCUCGCUAGCUGAUCUGUCCUACUCCUUGACAGCCCGGCGUUACCACCACAGUCACAGAGUAGCGAUUACCACUUCUGAUGUAGCGCAUUUAAAGAAACAGCUACGCUCGCAGUUGGACUCAGCAGACUCGCAUAAACCAAUCGUAGCCGCCGCAGGACCUCCACCCGUCGCGUUUGCUUUCACAGGCCAGGGAGCGUCGUAUGGGACGAUGGACUUGGAGCUCUACCAUGAGUCCAAAUAUUUCCGCGACCAGAUCUUGCAACUCGAUUCAUUUGCCCAAGGACAAGGAUUCCCAUCUUUUGUCCCGGCCAUCGACGGAAGCUUCCCUAAAGAGCACACGCACCGGCCUGUCGUAACCCAGCUCGCUUUGCUGUGCACUGAGAUUGCCCUCGCAAAAUACUGGGCUUCAUUGGGCGUCAAGCCCGAUGUUGUCAUAGGACACAGUCUCGGCGAGUACGCGGCAUUACACGUAGCCGGAGUUCUGUCGGCAAGUGACGCCAUCUUCCUCGUUGGCCAGCGGGCCUUGAUGCUCGAAAAGAAGUGUCAGGCUGGAAGCCAUAAAAUGCUUGCCGUGAGAGCUUCCCUUGCUCAGGUCCAAGAGGCCGCAGGGGAGCUACCUUACGAGGUUGCUUGCAUCAAUGGACAGAAGGACACAGUUCUCAGUGCUGCCAAAGAUGACAUCGAUAAGCUUGCUUCCGUGCUAGAAAGCGCCGGGUACAAAUGCUUUAGUCUUGAUGUGGCAUUUGCUUUCCACUCAGCACAAACCGAUCCCAUCCUGGACGACUUUGAAAGUGUUUCGAGAACUGGAGUUUUGUUCCAGGCACCAAAUCUGCCAGUCAUUUCACCGUUGUUGGGAAAGGUUGUGUUCAACGACAAGACGAUCAACGCCAAUUAUGUUCGUCGUGCAACCCGAGAGAGUGUCGACUUCUUGUCUGCACUGGAAGCAGCACAGAAGAUUUCAAUCAUUGACGAGUCAACCACAUGGAUUGAAAUUGGACCCCAUCCUGUUUGUAUGGGUUUCAUUCGUAGUGCUGUUCCGAGCAUCAAGGUCGCAUCGCCCUCGAUCCGCCGUGGCGAGAACAACUGGCAAACGCUCGUUCAAACUUUGGGUGCACUCCAUCUUGCCGGGAUUCCCGUAGACUGGAAUGAAUACCACCGCCCCUUUGAACAAGCACUGCGUCUCCUGGAUCUGCCGACCUAUAGUUGGAAUGACAAGACGUACUGGAUUCAGUACAACGGUGAUUGGGCCUUGACCAAGGGCAACACAUUCUAUGAUGCCGAGAAGGCAGCAAAAGCUCCUCGGGUCGGAGGUGACCUUCCUCCUUCGCCCAUCAGCACCUCAACAGUCCACCGAGUGAUUGGGGAAACGUUCGACGGCACGGCCGGCACAGUCGACAUACAGUCUGAUCUUAUGCAACAAGACUUCCAUGACGCCGCCUAUGGGCACAAGAUGAACAAUUGUGGGGUUGUGACAUCGUCAAUUCAUGCCGAUAUUGUAUACACUAUAGGACGUUACCUGCAUACCAAGCUCAAACCUGGUGUCAAGGAUAUCCAUAUGAACAUCUCCAAUCUGGAAGUUGUCAAAGGCCUAGUUGCACAGAAGAAUCGCGACGUGCCUCAGUUGAUUCAGGUCUCAAUAUCCACAGAGGACAUCAGCUCUGGAACUGCUCAAGUAACUUGGUUCAAUGUUCUUCCUGAUGGAGGCCUCGAUGAGCCAUUCGCUACUGCCACUCUCUUCUAUGGCAAAGCAAAUGACUGGCUUCAGUCCUGGAUCCCAACAACACAUCUCGUGCUGGGAAGAGUGCACGAACUCGAGCGACUUGCCGAGCAAGGAGUGGCGAACAGAUUCUCCCGCAAUAUGGCCUAUGGACUUUUUGCACGUAAUCUGGUCGACUAUGCCGACAAGUAUCGAGGGAUGCAAUCUGUGGUUCUCCAUGGAUUAGAAGCAUUCGCCGACGUAGAGUUGACAAAGGAAAAGGGCGGUACAUGGACGGUUCCGCCAUUCUUCAUUGACAGUGUGGCUCAUUUGGCUGGCUUCAUCAUGAAUGUCUCGGAUGCCGUCGAUACCGCCAAUAACUUUUGCGUCACGCCCGGCUGGGAGUCGAUGAGGUUUGCCCGUCCUCUCCUGGCCGGUGCCAGGUACCGAUCAUACGUCAAAAUGAUCCCCACAGAGGAAGAUGCCGGCGUGUUCCUGGGCGAUGUUUACAUCUUUCAAGACAACAAAAUCAUUGGCCAAGUGCGUGGUAUCAAGUUUCGUCGUUACCCGCGACUCCUGCUCGACCGCUUCUUCUCCGCCCCCGACGCCGCGAAACACGGUGGGAAGCACGCGCCGGCAGUCAAGGCCGCGAUCCCGCCGGCGCUCGAAAAGAAGAGUGCAGUGGUUGUGGCUCAGGUCCCUGUGGUGGAUAAGCCUCCCCCUACAAAGGAGAACGCUGUUGCGGCGCCUGCAGCAAAGAGUCCAGAGCCGGUUGCUGCAGCUGCGGUGAAUGAAGAUAGUAUCACGGUGAAAGCCAUGGCCCUUGUCGCUGCCGAGGCUGCUCUAGAUGUUUCGGAACUUGAAGAUGAUGUUCAAUUCGCCAACAUUGGAGUUGACAGUCUGAUGAGUCUGGUGAUUGCAGAGAAGUUCCGUGAGACACUCGGAGUCACAAUCAGUGGAAGUUUGUUCUUGGAGUAUCCCGCUGUUGGGGAUCUGAGGGCUUGGUUAUUGGAGUACUACGGUUGA